AUGGUUUCCUCAACGGAUCAGUCCCUGGACACCCAAGAUAUUGAUCUUCUGAUUGAUAAUGAUGAUGUUCAAACCUCUUUUGCCCGAGUGUUGAAGGAUUUCAGGUUGAAUUUCGGCGAAACUCAACUUGGUGACAUUAUUGACGGUUUUAAGAAAAUCAGCUACAAGCAGCUUUUAGAGGUAUACAAUAAGGAAAAAUUGGAGUCCUCUGGAAAAGAACUUGAAAACUGGAUUUUGGAGGGUAAAUUGUGGUCCCUUAUACAGUCCCUGUUGGACGUUAAAUUUAGCAAAGAGUUGAUGAUUGAUGGAAGCAAUCGAAAGAAAAAUAAUGAUAUUGAAUGGAUCAAUGGGGACAUCUGCUCCUAUUCGUCGGACACCGUGUUGCAGGAUAGGAUCCUUUCCGAAAAUGAUUUUUUACUACAAGUUUAUUCUGUUUUUAAAGCACUCAGUAAAGAUUUCAACUUGGAUCUAAACCAUUCUGAUGAUAUUGAUUUGAACCAAUUGCAAUUAACCAAAUGGAUGAACACGAAGAUGAGUCUUCAAUCCAACCAGGCAUCCAGUAACUUGGUUAGUCAAUUGGAUGCAGAUGCUCCUUUGAGGACUAAUGCUCAGGUCGAUCCGAGAGACAUACAAAAGGAUGCACUUUUCUAUCAAAAAGCCUUUAAUCUGUUGAUUUCUGAUGAUAUUUCUCAAGUUAAUGAACUUUGCAAGCAGACAAAUAACUGGGACUUUGCCAUCGCUGUAUGUGGACUUCAGGAUUUUGUGAAUCCAGCAAUUGAUUUGGGUGAUUUCGAUGCACAUCCCGUUGGCAUUAAGCAGAAGCUUCUCUGGAGAAGAGCAGUCUACAAGGUGGUGAGCUCGGCGUUAUCUAAACCAGAGGCUGGCUGUUAUGGAUAUUUAUGCGGUGACUUUCUUUCUGCCGAAGAGCUUGUCUCCAACUGGGAAGAAAAGCUUGUUCUUUAUUUGAACAAUUUAUUACAAUGCUGCUUGGAGGAGAAAUUGAUAGCUUGCUACAAGAAAUUGGGAAAAUUUUCAGAUAUUGAUAUGAUUUAUACGUUGUCUUCUCCUCCACAAGCAUCCACGGAUGUUAACGAUGUGUUAAAUAAAUUGGCUGCCGAUAAAAAUCCAGAGAUCAGAUUGCAGAGCCGUCAUCCUAUCAGGGUUAUGAUUGGAUCCAUCAUCUCUGACAAUGUGCAGACUUUGAUGUCCAAUACUUUACAACUUUUGAAUGACAUUUUGGAUUCUAACAAUGGAGGAAAUGAGUUAACUGAAGAUUCGUAUAUGUUGAGAAUAUUGACCCAUUUGGCUAUACUCUUGCAAUUAAUAUAUGGAAGCAGAGUGAUUUCCAAUAUCGCAUACACUAAGUUGCUCAAAUCUUACGUGGUAAGAUUGGCUCUUUACAAGUCAUACGAUCAGAUACCUGUCUAUGUAUCCUACAUUCCUAAUGAUAAAGAGCUUAUCGAUGUCUAUUCACAUUUCCUAACAAGGUAUUCGCUUACCCAUGAUGAAAUGAGGUCACAGCUUAGGCUUAUGAGGCAAUUGAAUUUGCCUUUAGAAGCUAUUUUGAGAGAUACGGUCGCAAAAUCUUUUGAUAGCACAACUGCUGAUUAUCCUGUGGACCGUGAGAUUGUUUUAGAUAGUGCCGUUACAGACAUGGACAAGGCUUUGUAUUGUUCCAUAUAUUGGUUCUAUGAAUCUGGUAUGUCUGCAGAUUGUUUGGAAUCUGUAGUUAUGCUAAUGAGAAGGUUCUUGGCUUGCGGUAAGUUGCAAGCCGCCAUAGAGUUUAUGGAUACCAUUGCUUUGCCUAAAGUAAUCGAUGAUUACAGAAGAAAAACCAGCAUAAUAGACGAUUCUGAAAUUGAUGAAACAUUGAAGCCAUACCUUAUUUCAAAGUCAAAAUUAAGUGAGCUAAUUCAGUACCAGUAUCUUAUUGAUAACUUCAAUAUGAUGAACAAGUUUCAAAUUGAUGAGGGUGAUAACGCGGAAAAUUUGAAGAAGGUAAUUGCUUUGGCAGCCUCAUUAGACAAGUUGUUAAAAACAUGGAUGUAUGAUCUUGCUACUAAUGGUACUGUUGAGUUGGACGUCAAGAUAUAUCAGGAAUUGAGAAGAAUAUACAUUCCAACGAUAUUUAAUUCGCUAUUCGAAUUGCUAACCGAGCACAGAUAUCUCAGUGAAGAGGUCUUGCUUAGGCAAGCGGUUGAUAUGGUCAAUUUACUUGCGGAUAAUAAGUACAGAUUCUAUGACUUAUUCAGCUCUACGGACCAAUUGAAGCCAUUCCUGCAAAAGUUUGCAGCAUUCAGCUGUAAAUCCUUCGGAGAAAGACCAAAUGGUAUAUACACAUAA